AUGGAGGUAAGCAAGUAUGAAGCAAAGCGCCAGCGUCGUAUCGAGCUGAAUCUAAAAAAGUUGCAAGAAUUGGAUGUGGUGAAGCUACCAAAGCAUAGCCACCGAGCUACCUACACGAAGAAAGUGGUGAAACACUCGUACCCUGUGAGAAGAUCGCUACGUCAGCGUCAGCAAAAAGAGGAUGAGUCAAUAGUUCCAGACACAGAAUUCGAGGCGAAAACAGCGCUAAAGCUUCCGCUAACUCGAUUGAAAAUAAUGAAAACGGAUAUACAUAAGGGUUUGGACUUGCCACGAACGCAACUACUGGAUUCGAUUAAGGACAAGAAAGCAUACCUUUCGAGCUCCCAGAUUGACAUUGAGCUGAAGGAAUUUCAUACACAAUGGUUAGGAACGCAGCUGUUGCCUGUAGGCAAAACAACAGUCAUGCAAAGCUUAUGUCGACCUGAAUAUAUUGUCAAAUUCUCUAAAAUGAGUGGCAUUCAACCGUGGAAGAAUGCAAUCGUGCUAUUUGUGAAUGUCGAAAGCAAUUCACCCUAUGACAACGUCUUUAACCACGAUACAAGAGAUGGACACAUUGUAGUGCAUUUUCAAUGGUUUGGCCAAAAUAGGUGGCAUAAGGAUUCACCGUUGGUAAAGAGACUACGAAGCACAAAGAGAGGGGAUGAAAACUUGAAGUUUGAUGACACGUACGAUGACAAAGUAGAGAUGAAACAGGAACCAUUGUUGCUGUUUAUUCGACUGGAACAGGGUCCUUAUAUCUAUUGCGGUCAGCUUGGAUACCUUGGACAUCGACCUGAGUCCAAACCGCUGGAGUUUCGGUGGCAAUUGCUCGAUGUUGACGUAUCACUGUGGAAUAAAAUCGGUGAUCUAAUGUUAUAA